AUGGCUUCAAUCGAUGAUCUCUUCCGCAAGCCCAUUGCCCUUCCCAAGCGAAAACUGGAGGACCCGACCAAGGCCUUCUCCAAUGCCCUCUCCAAUAAAUCGGCGAAACUAGCCGAAGGCUCGUCCCCACGAAGUUCAACCAACGGCUCUCAAGACGCGACCGCGUCCAACGGCUCUAAUGGCAGGGCUGCCUCAGUGGAGGACGAGCCAUUAGAUGAUCAGGACGCCGUCGAGGCUGGGCCCUCGCGCCCCUCGCAGGGUGUGGAGGACGAUGCGGGAGACGAUGAGGAGGGCCGCUUCUUCGGUGGCGGUGUCACAAAGCAAGAACGCGAAGUCAUAGACUACAUUGACAAGAACGAGAGCGGAGAGCUCGAAGAAAAGAUCGACGCUGCCUGGCUGCGUCGGACAGCAAUAAAUUUUGAGCGAAAGAUCAACAAGAAUGCCGAGCUACGCGCCAAAUACGAAAGUGAACCUAUGAAGUUUGUGGGUAGCGAGGCAGACCUCGACGCUGAGAUCAAAGGCCUGAGUUUACUCAGUGAGCAUGGCGAACUAUACGCCGAAUUUGUCAAGAUUGGUUCCGUGGGUAGUCUGGUGGGCAUCCUCGCGCAUGAAAACACCGACAUUGCCAUUAGUGCCUGCGAGUUGCUUGCAGAACUCACAGACGAAGACUCAGCCACAACCGAAGAGCAAUGGAACAUUUUGGUCAAGGCCUUGAUCAAAGCUGAUGUUGUUGACCUCUUGACUAGCAACCUCAGUCGACUAGACGAGUCCAGCGAGACUGACCGCGCUGGUGUCUACCACAUCCUCAACGUCCUCGAGAACAUCAUGUCCGAUACGGAUAAUUUGGAGGUCGUCGGAGCAAAUAAUGCCAUGUUGGAGUGGCUUCUGUCACGGAUAAAGAAGCCAGACCCGGAUGCUAGAGCGAAGGUGGGGCAGAAUCGUCAAUACGCAGCCGAAAUACUUGCCAUACUGCUGCAAAGCAACAAGAGGAACCGAGAUCGGCUAGCACAGAAAGAAGGAGUCGAUGCCUUGCUCGAGCUUGUCAGUGCGUACCGCAAACGAGACCCGGAGAAGGACUCGGAUGAGGAAGAGUUUGCAGAGAACCUCUUCGACUGUUUGGCUUGUGCGGUCGAGGAACGAUUUGCCGGCGAAAAGUUUGUGGAGGGCGAAGGCGUGGAGUUGUGUCUGAUUAUGCUCCGCGAAGGGCGAUUAGCCAAGGCACGGGCUCUGCGAGUACUCGACCAUGCAUUGAGCGGGGGAAAUGCAACUACCGUAUCCAUCAGGCUGGUAGAUGCGGCAGGAUUGAAAACGAUUUUCGGUAUGCUCAUGAAAGGGCACAAAAUGGAACGCAGCUUGGUCGAACACAUCAUUGGCAUUCUGGCAAGCCUGUUGAGAUACUUACCAGGAGGAUCUGCACAACGGAUCCGCACAUUAGCCAAGUUCGUGGAAAACGACUAUGAGAAAAUCACCAAAUUGGUGGAGCUACGGCGCGAGUACAAGGCUCGGCUUAGCAAGGCCGAUGCGGACAUCCGGAGAGAGCGAGAAGGCCUCAGUAAAGCGCAGGCCGAGGAGAGGGCGGAUGAGUGGCUCUCGCGGCGACUUGACGCUGGCCUGUUUACUCUACAGGCAAUCGAAUUGAUCCUCAGCUGGAUGGUGGCGGAGGAUAAUGGCGCGAGACAGACCAUUACAAUCCUUCUGGGCGAAGAUGGGCUUAAAGUUCUUGAAAGGAGCCUCAAAGAUCAGCUGGAAGGCAUGGAUCCUGGAGGCGGCGAUGAGGCCAAGGCAACGGAGGAGAUGCUCGAGGCUUUAAUCCUGUGCGUGGAGUCAUGA